AUGGGUUCCUCACAGCCUACUCAGCUCACGCAGCCCGUCGAAGACCCCAGAAGACUUGGGAGAAAUCUGUCCAUCGUAUCCGAGGGCGACGCAGUUGACGUGAUUUGUAUCCUAUAUCCCACUUCGUCUGCCGCAAUCGAUGCGGUCAAGGCCAACCUCAUACAUGGAAGGCAGCACAUACUGCAGAACGAGGGCCUAGAGGAAUAUUCGGGAGACGACAUCAUGUUCUCGUCAGUUUACAAUGCAACGCACGACAUAGCUUUACGCAUAUCCUCCCAAGUGAAACAUCCACGAGAUGGCUUUCGAUUUGGUCGUUCCAGUGCUGCGAGCGAUAUCCUCUUGACGCCGAACGAAAACGACAGCCUUGUGAGCAAGAUCCAUUUCAAGAUCUUUGUGAACAGUCAAGGGAGUCUCAUGUUGCAGGAUCUGUCGACAAAUGGCACUAUUGUGGAUGAUGUCCACAUCAAGAUGAAGGAUCGACAUGGCAAGAUCCCCGCUCGUCCAGCCACGAUAGCACUCGGAAAUGGUUCCAUCAUCUCCUUAUUCAGUGGACGAGACAAGGAAGAGAUCAAAUUCAUGGUGAGGAUACCAUCACGAGGCGAAAAGGAAGAUGCCUAUGAGGAGAACCUUCGGACAUAUCUUUCCGCCAGGGGAGAGGUUGCACAGUUUGCUUCUAUGCGUGAAAGCUCCUAUGGCAAUCACUGGAAUGGAGGCAGCUUGUACAAUUUCACUGGUCUGUUGGGCAAAGGAGCGUUUGCGACUGUCUAUCGAGUCCAGACCAAAAAGGAGGGUGAUGUCUACGCGGCAAAGGAACUGGACAAGCAUCGUUUCAUCAAGAAUGGAGUUCUCGAUAUCAAGUUUGAUAGCGAACUCAACAUCAUGAAACACCUUCAGCAUCCCAACAUUGUUAAUUAUGUUGACUGCCACACGUACUCUCACUGGAUUUAUAUCUUGAUGGAAUAUGUACCAUUCGGCGAGCUUUCUCAAGAACUCAGGAGGACAGGGAGGAUUUCGGAACGCGAUGGGCAACAAAUUACCAGACAGAUUGUACAUGCCCUGGACUACCUGCACCGAAGAAACAUCACCCAUCGAGAUAUCAAACCGGACAAUAUCCUGAUCGCCUCUCGAUCCCCCUUGAUUGUCAAACUGUCAGAUUUUGGGUUGUCCAAAUGCGUCACAGAUCAAGAAACUUUCCUGAAGACCUUUUGCGGCACCCUUCUCUAUUGUGCUCCAGAAGUGUAUCCAGACUAUGCGAGCUACAAACAUGGAUCGGCGCAGAAGCGGCGUCGUCUAGGCGAGCCUGUUAUCAGGCCUCCUCCAUCUCCUUACGAUCAAUCAGUCGACAUGUGGUCUUUUGGCGCAGUCAUUUUCCACAUGUUGUGUGGGAAGCCGCCUAUCAAUGGGAGAGGCGACGAUCGCGGCGCCCAGAUGCUUAACAACAUUAUGACAAAAGAUGUCGACUUCGAACCUCUCAAGCAAGCCGGUGUUUCGGAUGCAGCGGUUGAUUUCAUCGGAAAGUUGCUUAAUAGAAACCCAUCUCUACGACCAAAAGAAGCCGAAUGCUUGCGACACCUGUGGCUACGCAACGUCCCGGACCUAUUGGAAUACAGUGUUCUCGAGCCACCAGAUGCUCUCGAUCGAAAACUCCAUGUCGUUGACGAGGUGGAUGAAGAUGUACUCGAUGAUGAACUCAUCCAGGAUCUCCAUGCGUUGACUCAGCCGCCAUCAUCAGCCCAGAGUCCCGACCGGGCACCCAAACGAGCGAAAACCUUCGCUGAUCCAGUCAUCUCACCUGAUAACAUUACCUAUCCUUCGCUGCCGGACGUUGGAGAUAGCUUCCUGCCUCCUACGCCCAUGGCACAUCCUGCCCAACGCUUGUUUGGGGAGAUCUCUCAAUCGGUGUUGCGCAGUUCGGGAUUGUUUGGCACCGAGCUUCCACCCACAACGACGGCUGAUGUCCACGACAUUCAAAACCGAGUCGAACAAAUCAGCGUAAAUGAUUUCGGCCGCCUAGGAUCACUCGGCGGUGCAGACAAUGCCGUGAUUGCAGGCAAUACCACAGAAGCAGCGGCAGCAACCGGUAAACACCAUCCUCGAGCCGGAUCUGCUGCAAGUUUGAUGGGUGCUGAACAUCAGAUUGGUCAACUCAACAUGGCCUCCCCUGAGGCGGACGUAUCAGAUGCUGCAUCACCCGAGACCAACAAUCCAGUGACACCACGCACUCGUGAAUUAUCACCAUCCAGUAGUGUGAGUCGACACUUGGAUGAUGGCUUAGGUCAAACCCUAACCGGUACUGAAGAACCAAUAUUCACGCGUCGCUUGGAUCUUGGUCUGGUUGCAGACCCUGCAACUUUCGAAGCUGAAUUGGAGGCACGCAAUGCAUCAAGAGUUGGCAAACUUCGAGCCAAGGCGGACACAUUCCAUGGAGCCAUCACCACGACACCGGGUUCGCCCUCCGUCACUGCUACAACCAUUGACGCCAAAACUGAUUACUUUGGUCAUCCUGCUUCCGCAGAAGAUGGUGUCCUCCGCUCAUUCUCAAACACUGCCAAGAUGAACAACGCAAGGGCUCAGAAGUCCGGUUUCAUCGAACCCCCGAAGCGAUUCGGUAAGUUGACGAGCAUCCCAGGCUCUUUUGCGAAGGUCAAUUUCAACCUUGAGGCAAGGUUCACCUCCUGGGGCCGAGGUGUCGAUUGCACAAUUAAAUACCCAGAUUCAAAGGACACACGCAUUCCUAAAUAUGCUUUGAAGAUCACAUUCUGGGCGCCAGGGAUGGAAAAACAUGUCGAGCAGGGUGGUGACUGGACCAAGAUGCCAGCCGUUCGAACCGUCCUGGCCACUUCUGCAAGUGGCUGCAUUUACGUCAACGGCGUCGAAUUGCGCAAAGAAUCGUCGGAUGGCGAUGCAGCAUUGUUUGGGAAAAUCUACACAGGCGACAUCAUCACCAUAUACGAUGGUGCCAAUGGUGAUUUUUUGAAGUUACGUGUCGAAGUCACAUUCGGUGAUAGCGCUCGCAAUCGACCAGAGAACGAGGCAGGCUUCAUGGUGCAGGAAGAACGCCAUCAUCACCAACGGAUGAAGGAGCGUGAAAGUAUGAGAAUGAGCAAGGCAUGA